AUUUCGAGGGUCUUGUCUUGUUUCCUUUGUUUUGACUUUUGCUCCAAUUUUGAUUUUGCUUUGCCCAUAUUUGCAAAGUGUUUUAAUUUUAAGUUCCCGAAUUCAGUGAUGUACUUAUGUGAAUGCUAUAAAAACAGCUGUAAUUUCGAAAUUGUAAUUAGAAAUAUCGAAUAGCAUAUGACACAGGUUCCAACAUGCAGGAAGAGCACAGGAAGGCGAUACAGAGUAACUUUGUAUCCCUUGUGGAGCAAACUGACCUGGACCACAUGGUGACAGCUUUGUACGAAAAAGGAGUCUUCUCUGAGCAAAUGAUAGAGCCUUAUAAGGAUACAAACAGAGAGGUGCGACUCCGCAAACGACAGCUGUACAUGGAUGUGACGCGGAGAGGCCCUGAGGCAUUUGGGCACUUGCUUGAUGCACUCUCGGAGGCCGGCUAUUGGGACCUAGUGCGAGAGUUAGACCCUGACAGCUCUCUGCAUUUGCGCCAGCCCAGGAACCCUGUGCCCAGCACAAGUAAAAAAUCAAAUGAAAGCAAUUAUGUCAGCCUGAGCACUGAGAAGAAAAAGUCCAAAACUGGAGUUGAAGCGAGUAAAAAUGUAGAUAAUGCAGAGCCUGUGAUGCCUCACAGUAAGGAGCUGCCGGAUCCUUCUAGAAUACCUCAAUUCCAUGUGGUGAAGUCUACCCGAUUUAUGGAGGACAAUGGUGAUGACAUAAAGCUAUAUCGCACGCGUGGGGCGAACCGCGGCGUGCUCGUAGUGUUCAGCUACAUCCAGUUCCACAACAACGUGGAGGCGUACCGCUACGGCGUGGACGUGGACUGCACCAAGCUGAAGUACCUCUUCAGCGAGAUGGGGUUCAAGGUGCUGUCUUACCGGGACCUCACAAGGAGUCAAACCCUAGACACAAUCAAGUUCCUGAAGGAAGCGAUAGUGGACACUGAGUGCGUGUUCAUCGUGGUCUCCUCGCACGGGUACGAGCUGACGGGCAGCUCCGACAACGACAUCCGCUGCCACGACGGCCUGCUCAUCCGCAUCUCGGAGAUAGUGGAGCACUUCAACAACAAGAACUGCCCCGCGCUGAGGGACAUCCCCAAAGUGUUCAUCUUCCAGCUGUGUCGAGGCUCCAACGAGGACUACCUGACCCGGCCGCGCUCGGGCUGGCUGGGGCGCGGGGGCGCCGUGGCGGACGGGCAGGCGCGCGCUGAGCAGCCGCGCCACGCUCCACCCGUCAAACCCUCGCGGGACCGCCCCAGGGACCGCAUCUACUCCGACAUACUCAUCGCGCACUCCACGCUGCCAGGCAACGUGUCGUACCGCGACGGCAUGGAAGGCUCGUGGUACAUCCAGGCGCUGUGCGAGGUGUUCGCGGCGCGCGCGCACGACUGCCACGUGGAUGAGCUGUUCACGCUCGUGGACAGGCAGCUGCACGCGCGCUUCCACAUCCAGACCUCCUCCGUGGACCGCUGGGGCUUCAACUGCAGGCUCUACCUGCAUCCCGGCCUCUACGAGACCCCCGACCAUGACAUUCAUUGAAUGGGACUACGAGACACCGGCCCACUACCGAGCACGAGUAUUGCAAAAUAAAGCAGUAAGGUUUCAAAUGUGACCCCACAGGAGAGAAGCUUACUCAAACUCUACCUCUACCACUCAUGGGCAAUCGAGAGAGCGAAAAAGUGUUCUCUCGCUUUACACUGUCUCGCUCACUCAUAUGAGCAACAAGAAUGCUCGACCAUUGUGGGACGUUCACUGACGGGUUCUUAAAUGCCGACACGCCAGUUUCCAUAUACAAACUUCCGUAGACCGCUGAGACUUGAACUGCAGACUCUACCUACAUUCCGGGCUGUAUGAAAACCCUGACCGUGACAUUCAUGGAUGACGAUGGGAAAACGAGUUGUCGUCAUCAUUUGAACCCAUUACCACUGAGUAAGAGUCUCCUCUCAAUAAGAACGAAAGAAUCGAGACAUACUUAUCACUAAACUAAGCCAUGAGGUGUUGAGCCAUCCAACAGAAGUGAAGCUUAUUCCAACUCUAGCUAGAGUAAAUGAGAGAUCCGAGGUUGAGCUCAUAUCAAUAGGAAUAUAAAUGCUCCAUCCUGAAAACUGUUUAAAUAAAUAAUUUUGGUGCUAUCAGGUCUGAAACUUAGGCUACUUUAAUAACGAAAAUGGACUUGUUUCAUAAGUUCUACUAUAUUGUAAUAUUAUAAAUAUAUUUCUAUGUAAGUGAUGCAUUUACUAUUAAAUAAUAAAUCAAUUAUUAUUGCUCAAUCGACGUGUUUACGUAUUAUGAGUUAUGACAUAUUUUUAUACUU